ACAUUAUUUUGUCUUUUUGAUCAAUCAACUUAAAUUUAAUACGAUAUUCACAGGAUGGUCAAAUUAAUAGGACGUACCUCGCUGCGACGCUCUCCUAAAUCGGAGCAAGCUAAGAAGUUUCUUAACAAAGGUGCCUCAGUGUUGUAUGUUGGCUCAACAGAUGUUUGCAAUCCUUCAUCACUUGAAGAAAUGAACUCAUGUAUAACAAAAGUGCUAGAAGCACCAAAUUUGUCAGACACAAAAAUAUUCAUCAAUUCGCAGGACUAUUUGCGGGUUAUCAAUGCCAAGUCUGGAAAAGUUAUUUUUUGUGUUCCAGUUGAUGUCAUCGUGAACAGUAUUAAAGCUCAAGAAAAAUACAUUGUGUUUAGUGCUUCCACAUCAAUCAACCCAAACAGCAACACUAUCAGUAUGGCACAUGUUUUCGAGUGCACCACAGAAAAACAAGUGGAAGACAUUUAUGAUGCUUUGCAUCGGACUAUAGAGGCUGUACGCAGACGUGCAGACCUGUUAGAGGAUGUCAGUAAGGUUGCGCCCUUGUUUUCAAAACUGAAAUUAGAAAAACCAUUUCCUAACAGAGACAGUAAUUUUGUUACGUAUCAAUCAAAUUUACAAUCAAAUAUGAAGAUGUCAGUGAUUAAUAAUGAUAGACAAGCUCAGGAACACAAACUUGCAGUAACAAACCAUGCUCUAUUUCGUAAUGCAUUUGAGUGUAUGAAGCAAGGUAAUCAAGAACGGUUGCAUGCCUUGAUAUAUUCUGACCUGGAUAUCCUUUUUGCUGAUGAUGCUGGUCAAACACUUCUUCACUUGUCUGCUCGAAUAGACAAGAUAUCAAUGUGUAAAUUCCUCAUGAAUCAUUGCUGUACUUCUGAUGUAGAACGAGACUGCUUACGACUUGCUAAGGACAAGGAGGGGAUGACCGCAUUACAUCUAGCUGCAAUAUAUGGUCUGAAAAACUUUGUCAAAUUCUUGGCAAAAGAUUUCAAUGCAGUUAACAUUAAAGAUAUCAAAGGAAGGAUUCCACUCCAUUAUUGUGCAGGUAAAAUAAUGCACCGUGAGAUGACUCACAUCUUGGUCGACCACGGAUCUAAGAUCGAGGAACCCGAAGUUAACGGUGUAAAACCAAUCAGCAUAGAACCUGCACUUUCCAAGAUUCAAGAGUUGUCAGUAUCAGGAGCGUUUGUGUUUAUCAACAGUCUCAACUUCCUGGACCGUUCAGGAAAGAGAAUAGAUAGUGGUGUGGAUAUUGCUUGCUCUGAAAAAACCAGCAGCGAAUCUGAAAUCAUGGUAGGAACGUCAGUUCACUCGACAGACAGUUGUUAUAGCCCUCGACAGGACAACUCAUUGACUUCUAUUCCAGAACAAGACAGACUCAAACCUCCGCAUUUUGGAUCCUAUUCCAGUUCACAAUACGAAGAAGACAGUUCCAGCUAUGUGGGCAGUUCUGAUUCUAGUCCAGUCUCAAUUUCCGAUAAAAUGAGACAUCUUCGAGAGGAGCUGUCCAGGAUGAUAAAUCUUCUUAUGAACCCGGAAUGUCACAAAUACCUACUGCCGCAAAUGUGCAACGAGAAGACCGCAAAUAAACUGAUAAUAAUUGCACAGUACCCCCUGCUAACAGACGAUUGCGCUCAGGCAAUCGCCCUACUACUUCACCAUUUGUUUCGGCCAACUCAAGACAAAUCUGGACACUCCAUCCGGAAGUGUGUAGAAAACGGUCUCCUAAAAACACUGGUCAAGCUUUUGGACAGUCACAUGACGAUACAAGCGCAAGCUAUCUCGAUAUUGGAGGAGGUUUUCUCUCACAACAAGGGCGAGAAGAGUGAAGUGGACUAUAUAUCUGACUUUUCGGAGCUGGAUCCGGAUUUGCUUGUCACCCUUAUACUUGAAAACGAUUUACCCAUGAGUAAUGCUAAACAAAAGCUGGUGCAAAAUGAGAUGAGCUAUGCUAGACGACUGCGGUCUCUUUCCUCUCCAAGUGAGAUAGGCGACAGUUUCAAGAGUGGGAACUGUUACUUCACCAAAAACUGGAGUAGGAGAUUACUAAUCAGAAUACUCUCCCGGACAAGUCUGACGAAAAGAAUGAGGAACAAGAUGAAUACCCCGCGUAUAGUGAAGGAGCUGGUGGAGCUGAUGAACUGUCCCACCAUGGAGAUCAGGGAACAUGCGGUGUGCGCUCUGGCUAACAUGGCCCUGUCAGCUGAUAAUCAUGAUAUUCUGCUGGAGCAUGCGAUAAUAAAGAAGUUUCGAGAUCAAGUAGUUGAUAACCACCACGUACCGGUCAUCAACUACCACUGUACCCGGGGCCUGGUCUACCUGGGUUACUCAGACGAGGCUUGUCAGUAUGUCUUCGAGCACAAUCUCAAGGGACAAGGUAUCGAGGAGGACCGACUCUGGUCGAACAAGAACGAGAUGUACAACCAUCCUGACCAUCAUUUUAUCCGAGCUGCUACUUUGGAGGACAUCAUUGUUAUUAUGACAAGCGACCCAUCCCUCCUGUGGAAUAGUAUACCACUGAGACUGUCCUGCAAGCUGGAGAAUCAGAACGAUAUGGGGGUCAAGGAUAACGAGAUUAUUAGAUUUGUGUUGUCCCUACACAGAACCUUCGCUGAUACGAUCGUCUUCUUUCGGCUCCUAGUUCACAGAUUUAGCGAUCCCAAUGUGUCUCCAGCUAAGCGGUACCAGCAGGAUAUACCACCCGUUCACAUGAAAGUGUGCAACGUUCUUUGCAUAUGGAUGGAGGAAUUUCCGUACCACUUUAUGGAGGAACCAGAGAUGUUUAACGAACUUGAGGUGUUUGUAGUCGGUUUAGAGGACUACGGACCAGUCUACUACGAUCUCAGAGAUCAGAUAGCUCUGAAGAGCCAAACAGUGCAGAUAGUUGACAACGGUCACACGCUAGACAAAGUGACUCACUUGGACCACUAUAAACACUGCCGUGCUUCUCUUAUAAACGAGGAGUUUCCACUGUCCGUAAAGACAGUAUCUUGGUUAUCUGCUUUGAGGGGCGUUAUAGAGAAAGCUAAUCUUCAGGAACCACCCCAGAGCUUUUUCAGAUCGAUCCUGAGUUUCAAGGAGCGGGAACUAACGACCAGACUAAAGGCGGUUAUACCACCCAGCUACCAGGCGCACCCGGACGUGCUAACAUUCACUAAGAACCUCUACGAGAACCUGGUUACUACUAAUCUCAGUGAUAGGGAGUGGCAGCAUCUCUUUGUUAACGCUUAUUUCAAUCACCCCCUGUACAAGACUGAGUUGUUCUACGAUCUCUACCUCCAAAUGGAGGACCCUGCAGCUAAAAUGCCAGUUAUUAUCGGAGUGAACGAACACCACUUUGUGGUUGUGGACAGAUUCACUAACGAAAUUAUCGGUCACCACCCAUUGACGAACCUAGAGAAGCCUAUACAAUGGUUCACCAAGCCUUUCGAUAACGUCUUGUGCGUGUCCAUGGAUCAGGAAUAUCAGAUUAUCGGUCAGAAUCCUAGUGACAUUGAGAUUCUAGCAACACUGAUGAUUCAGCACAUGGGAGGGAAGAUUGAAAUAAUAGACAACAUGUUCUAUGUUGAUGAUGAGGACUUCAGUGAUUCAGAUAGGAUUGUAACGAAUAAUCGUCACUCCUGGCAUGCCAAUACGAAGAACGGUUAUACACGCUUGGAGGGGGACGCUCCACCGACAACUCCCUGUGGAGGAAACAGCUUUGUUGACAUCUCACAGUUUUUACAGGCAAAUGAUGACGGAGUUUUGUCAAACGCAAGAUCCAGGCUGUCUCUCAACCUUUCUUUUAUUGGCCAGAAAGCUAUGCAGGAUUCCAGCUCCUUACGUAGGGUCCACACAACAAACGACGUGACGAUCAUGAACGAAACACUAAAACUAGUUGAAUCAAUACCUCGAACCUCCCUGACGGACCGACUGAAGAGCUUUAGUAUCAGUACCAGUAUUACCAGCAGACUUGAUAAGCUGGAUAGUGUGAGAACUGAGUACGACAGCGACGAGGAUAUCCUCCCGAAAGUUCUACCCACUGACUCCCUAAUAGGACCUCCCCCUCCCCACUCCCUAAUGGGACCUAUCCAGCACUCAAACAAGCGAUCCAUCAGGAGAUCCCCCCGGAUAUCCCCCAAACAGUCCUGGGAGAGAGGCGUGGUUAAGAUAGACCCGGAGACCGCCCAGGAGACGGUCAUCAUAACGGAGAAGUGUAACGUGUUGUACCAGCUGAAAACCUCUGGAGCCAGCACCCCUUCUACUCCUCCUGAUUCCGCACAUACACCCCAUCUGAGGGUACGGAAUAUGAGCAGUUUUAAGAACAUUGAUACGGCGGCUUUUACUAAACUCCUAGCUCAGAGUAUGGAGAUGAUAGAAGAACGGAAGCGUGCUAACCGACGAAACAGCACCGAGUCAGCCCCGAUCCGGAAACACAGCGCUGGAAGCAGUAGCACUAGCACCUGUAAACCCAGGCACCACCGCCCAAUUUCACGCUCUAAAACAUUCUCACAAACUUUCGAUAAGUUGGUAGCAGCUUCCAGUCCUAUUAUACCGGCUGAAACACCCGUGGAGUUAGAGAAAUUCUCGUGUCUGAGAGAAAACCUGACCUCGUGUUCCUUACAUCGGAUACGCAAAGCGCAGAACACACUUUUCAGCAAGAAGUGCGACUGUCCUGACGUAUCUCACUACACCCCCUGCCCGUGUCCUCCCCCUGUCGACCUCCCCUACGAUUUUAACUUUAACUACUGGCGACUGGACGAGCUAAAUCUACUGAGUCAUCACCGAGAGGUUGCUAGGCAACUUACCCUUCGUGAUCACGAACUAUUUGCUAAUAUAACAGAAAAUGAUAUCUUGGAGUACACCAAGAAAAGGGACCUCCCUAUCUCCAAUUACCCCUCCAUACACCGGUGCACAGAGCACUUUAAAAAGAUAACAGACACUGUGAUGACGAUGAUACUGCAGUGUGAGCCUCGUGAUAUCAGGAUUAAGAUUCUGGAAAACUACAUCGAUAUUACGCAUCAGUGUGUUCUCCUCCGGAACUUCUCCGCCCUCUUCUCCAUAGCCUUCUCCGCGCUAGCCUCGGCUGCUAUUCGCAACCUCGCCUCCACCUGGGAAGGCAUAUCACCCCACCAUCAGCAACUCUUCAAACAAUUCCUCGAGAUCACCAACCCAGCAAACAAUUACAAGAUAUUUAGAAAACUAUUGAAAACUAGCAACAAUCCCACUGUACCAUUUCUACAGAUUUACAUCGGGGAGUUUCUGACCAUGAACGAGGUUAACCCAGACUAUUUGAAAAAAGGGCUGAUCAAUCUACAGAAAAGGAGGUUGAUCUACCGUGAGUUGGAGGAAAUGCGGUAUUUUCAGAAUCGUAAAUACAAUUUGACUGAGAUACCGGAUUUGAUUUCAUUCUUUUUGAACUAUGAAACGGGCCAGGUUGACGAUUUUUAUUUGAGGAGUGAGAUUCUUAAAAGAAGCGAAAGAGAAAAAAGUAAAAAAUCCCACCGGCGGCGGAUGACGUACAGUUAAAAAAAUUAUUAACGAAGUUUAAUUUAUGUAACAAAAAUUUUUUGGCUGAUGUUUAUGUAUUUACUUAUGUCAAAUACUUAAUCGGAUGUUGCCAAUGCAAUGAUUGAUUGGGCCAGUUUCAAUGGCUCCCAUUCAUUUUGAGAUAACGUUUAAGUUCAUAAUGUUUUAGUUAUAUUUCCUAAUAUUUGAAUUUUUGCAGAAUUUUUAAACUAAUUUUCGUAUGUUACAAAAAAUCUUUUGAAUUUUGUUCUUUAAGCUGGUCAGCUUGAAUAGGGUAAAUAAGAAGCUAUUUAAAUUGUUUUACCAUUUAUUAGAAGUAUAUAAAACAGAAGUUGAGAAAUGGCUUAUUAAAAAAAGUUUUGUACAAACAAUUAUUUAACGAUGCUUUUCAAAAGGUGUGCGGCUCAAAAAACUAAAAAUAACUUAAGUUUUAGCAGCUUUUAACCGGUCGGUUACCUUUAAUGUAAGCUAACACUAAAAUACGUCAUGUCGUCAUAUCGUCCAGUGCACAUGUGUGAGCUUUGUUUUGGAAGAUUUUCGUUUCGAAUUCCAUAUAGAAGUUGUUUGAAGCAGCGUGAUAGAAAUUCCACAGCUUUGUUCAAACAAGAGGAAUUGACCAAAUAUGGUUGCCUGAGCAGGUCCAGAAAUAUUUUGAAUAGUUGGCCAAGGCCGUGUAGUGAUCUAGAAGAAACACCAUAAAGCGCAGGAAUUAUCAUUUAGUUAAUUCUGAGAUGAUCAAAUAAUUAUGUUCAGCCAUGUAAGGAGUUGGAGAUUUAAGUCGCAUUUUCAAUUCUUGGCUCUUGCUUGCUUCCCUCAUUUGGGGUCAAUAUCGAUGGGCUCGGUUUGUGGAUUCUACAAUACUUGGAGACAUUGUACCAAAGCAUUAUAGCAAACUUUAAAACAAUAUGUCUUCUAUCAAUUGACUGUUAGGAGAAACCUACAAAUAUUUACCACUUUUUCAACAGAGUGCACAUAUUUUCUAUCGCCGUAGCAUCCUGCAUAACUGAGUUUCCCGGUUGUCAGAUAUUUCACGAUUUCGAUUAAAUCCAUAACGGGAAUCGAUCAAAAUGUUUGUCAUCAUGAGUCAUAACAAAAAUGGUAGAAAAUUAACCUUUUUGAGAUUUGAAUGUAUGAUUGUGCCUUUUUCAGUUUUCUCCGAAGAUUGUUUUAAAACAAACAUUGAAAAAGAUUUGAGUUCCACUUCUUGCAUGUAUUGUGUAAGAAA